UUUGGGUGGAGCCUGCAUGGCGGCCCGGGGCCAUGUCUGCGCCGCCGCCUCUGCAGAUCCGGGAGGCGAACGCGCACCUAGCGGCGGUGCACCGGCGAGCGGCGGAGCUGGAGAGGCGGCUGCUGGCGGCGGAGCGCACGAUGCGUGCGCAGGCCGAGCGUCUGGCCUGCCAGGACCAGCAGCUGCGCGCGGCCCUGGACGAGCUGGGUCGCGCCAAGGACCGGUGAGGAGGAGGAGGCCCGGAGGACAUCCCGAAGGAGAGAGGGAGAUUUUCACCCUCCAAGAGCAGCUGCUGAGCUCUGAGGCCACGGUUCGCAGCCUGCAGGCUGCAGUGGAGCAGAGGGACCAGAUGAUCCAGCAGCUACAGCCUCGGGCUGACCUGCUGCAGGACAUCACUCGACAACGGCCACCCCUGGCUGCACUGCUGGCCACCCUGGAGGAGGCAGAAGAACUGGGCCCCUUGCCUUCCAGCCACAGCCAUGGGGCCCAGCUACUUCCUGAUGGGCCUGGCCCACCCCUGGGCAACAGCAUGAGGGAGGAGGAGGGCCAGGAUGACCAGCAGCCUGCUGUGUUUGGAACCACAGUGUGAGCUGCCCUGACACAUCUCAGGUCAAGGCCCUCUGGGAAUUUCACUCCUAGAGUCCUGAACAUCACCAGUGUCCUAGAGGGGUCUUAAUUCAUCUAAACAUCAAAACAGGUUUAAAGCCAAGAUCUCAUUUAAAACAAUUUUUCCCCAGUGCUGGAAUAUCUGCUACAUUCCACUGAUUUUAAAUAAUUUUAGAAACAAAGGCAAGGGCAGUAGCUCAGAGGGUGGAACGUUCUCCUAGCAUGCACACACAAAGUCCAAAGCCAAGCAUCCCAACAUCAGUGGAAUGGUGGGGACUGACCCUCAUCUCCAGAUCUGACUCUGAAGCGUAGUGUUUCCUGUUUAGGACAGGGAUCCAGGUAGCCAGGCCAGCCUCAGACUUGCUGGGUCAGGAGUAUAGCAUGGAUCUCUGCUAGGUUGACGGGCGCCCACCCACCUGUGGGGAUUUUGUUUGAGAUGGGGUCUCUAUAGCCUAGGCUUCCCUUGAAUCCUCCCAAGUACUUUUGAAUAUAGAUGUGAACCCUAUGCCCUGCUGAUGGGAGUCCUCCCUCCCCUUCUUACUCUUGUGCCUCCUGAACCAUUCUUCAUACCAAGCGGAAUCCCAUCUCAUGUUUCGUUGCUUCUGAGUAAGAAGACAGUUAGCCUUGGAUCUCUUUCCCAUAACUCUACCCUUCCUUCUAGGAAGAGCAGGUGGGUUGAGACACCACAACCAAGAGUGCCUCAGGCUUUGCGCUGUCUGUUCCCUCUGCUCAAUGUCUUUCCCUGGUCCCACACUUGGUUCCUUGACACUCAGGUCACUCUCAAAUGCCCCUUUCUGGAGGGGCCUUCCCACCAGCAUCUCUAAAGUAAUUCAGGCCAGCUGGUCACUGCCCUGUACUGUGAUUGAUUGGUUUGGUGUUUUGAAGCUUAGUCUUGUGUAGCCCAGGCUGGCCUCUAAACUUUUAAUAUAGCUUAGGCUGGCUUUGAACUCCUGAUCCUCUUGCUUCAGCAUCUCUAGUACUAGUAUGACAGGCUUGUGCAACCACGCACAGCCCCAUCCUGGGACCACCUUUCCAGGGGGAAAGCAGUGACUAGGAAGCAGGAAAGUUUGUCUUCUGUUUCCAUCAGUGCCUAGCGCAGCCCUGGAGGCCCUGCCUUAGCCAGAAACCUGGAUAGCUGAUGAACCCUUUCCUGGUUUCCAGGGACAACAGUGUUUUUGUAGAAAGUCUCCUUUGCACCCUAAGAGAAUCUAUUUUUUUAAAUCCUGGUAUCUAUGCUGUCUAGGCCUAAGAUGGUAAGGUACAUUGCCUUUGUCACUGCCAGAGCAGUGAGAGGGUCCCCCACAAACCCUUACAUCCAGAGGUGGUCUCCAUUGAGUUUCAUGGUCCCUGUGCUCAGGGUCGUUGAGCAGCCACCAAGGUGGAAGAUGGGCUGUUCCAAACAGAAGAUCCUCCAGCCAUCCAGUGUGCCCAGAGUCUGACAGACCCUCAGCUAUGGGAAAAAGAGGCCCAUUUUAUCUUGGGGAUGGAGGAGAGAGGGAGCUAUUUGUAUAGGGGAAGGCAGGCCUGUCUGCACCAGAAUAAAUUGGUUAUUUCUCAA